UCGAUUUUGACAACAGACGUGGCUGUCGGCUGCUGAUUCAACUAUCACGAAACACGAAUAGCAAUGUUUGUUUAAUAAAAUUCAGCGACUUUUAAAGGUACCAGGGUUUAAUCUUGUUAAACCAUAUGGAAGUAUGUAUAUAGUUGUUACUUUAUGAUCUUAUUUUUGUAACAACACCGCGGCCAUGGGUCUCUGCAAGUGUCCUAAAAGAAGAGUGACCAACCAAUUUUGCUUUGAACAUCGAGUUAAUGUUUGUGAAUAUUGUAUGGUGACAAAUCAUCCAAAGUGCAUCAUACAAUCCUACCUUCAAUGGUUACAAGAUAGCGAUUACAAUCCUAUUUGUGAAAUUUGCACAAAAAGCUUAGCUGAAGGCGAAUGUAUACGACUGACAUGCUAUCAUGUAUUCCACUGGGAAUGUGCGGAAUCCCGUUACCGUGCCUUACCGAGGACUACAGCACCUGCUGGAUAUCAAUGUCCUUCUUGUGCCACACCUGUGUUUCCUCCACCUAAUUUAGUCUCUCCUGUUGCUGAUGUUUUAAAGGAAAAGUUAGCUGGUGUCAAUUGGGCUAGAGCCGGCCUUGGUCUACCAUUGCUUUCAGAUGAACAAGAUCUGAAAGGAGCAUCAUCCAGACGCAGCCAGUCCCCAAUGGAACAAUCUAAUUACUUCAUAAAUUCUAUAGACACUCAACGUGGAAUUCCAGUGGGUGCAAGUGAUGAUGAAGCUAUAAGUCGAUCAGCUACAAGUUCACCACAUUCUAUUGUGCAAAUAUCAGAUGAACCAGCUAACAUAUAUGAUAAUACUUCUGUUAAAAGGGCUGAUAAUCUACAAGGUGCCCAAAUACCAAGGAAAACUUAUAAAACAGAUGAAAAUUCCAGGCCGCUUAUGAAUUUUGACCAUGAUGAGAAUAAAUACAAACAGAAGUCCACAUUUGCAUGGAUUAGCAGAUGGUGGAAAAAUUCUUUACCUUCUUCACGUAACCGAAGAGGUGGUGGCAUUUACAAGCGGUAUUGGAUAGCAUUGUUUGCAAUUGUUAUCUUGGUUAUUGUAUUAUGGCUUCUGAGUAAUAGAGGAGUAGAUGAUGAAAAUCCAUUUGGUGGUAUACAAGAUGAUGACAGAAGAAUACUACAGAAAAAUUAA